CUUUGAAAUAAGCCUAGGGUUUCCGCAGCUCGCUCAUCUCGUCUCAGCAGAGGAAUAAGCGAAGAGAGAGCUCCACUUUCGCCGCAACCAUGGGUCGAAUGCACAGCCACGGUAAGGGUAUCUCAGCCUCAGCUUUGCCCUACAAAAGAACUUCGCCUAGUUGGCUCAAGACCUCUGCUCAGGAGGUUGAGGAUAACAUUUGCAAGCUUGCGAAGAAAGGUAUGGCACCGUCGCAGAUCGGUGUGAUUCUUCGUGACUCCCAUGGUAUCGCUCAGGUGAGGAGUAUCAACGGAAGCAAGAUCCUUCGUAUUCUCAAGGCCCACGGCCUUGCACCUGAGAUUCCGGAGGAUCUGUACCAUCUUAUCAAGAAGGCAGUGUCUAUCCGGAAGCAUCUUGAGAGGAACAGGAAGGAUAAGGAUUCGAAGUUCAGGUUGAUUCUGGUUGAGAGCAGGAUUCACAGGCUCGCUCGCUACUACAAGAAAACAAAGAAGCUUCCUCCUGUCUGGAAAUACGAGUCAACCACUGCCAGCACUCUUGUUGCUUAAAUUAUGUAGCAUUAGCUCAGCACAUUUUUAGAUUUCUUUGAGAGUAAUGGCUAUUCUGAAUGAGCAAGAUGGUCUUCCUAUUUUGGAAAAGAUUUGUCCAGCCGUGUGACCUAGUUCAUAACUAUUAACAGAUUUUGGUAUCCUUCUUUAAUAGGAGGAAAAUAUGGAACAAAGGAGUUUGUAUUUGGAUCUUGAGGUUUCUAUAUUUGUGUUUUCAUAGUUUCCUUUAA